GACGUAAUUUUGUCGUCGUCCAAUUACAAUUUUUACUUUAUUUUUUGUUUGUGAAAGCUAUCUGAAAUCAAUAACAUACAACACAAUACAAGUAAAAGUUCUAGUAAAAAAUUUAUAAGUUGAAAAUUUGUUGGAAACAUAUACAGAUAUACAAAAGCGUGUUUUUCUUGAUUAAAUUUUUGCAUUGCUACGCCUCUGCGGUUUUUUCCAAUAGUGUGUACAUAGGUGCGCGCGUGUGUGUAUUGCAGAAAACGACAGUUUUUUGUUUGGUGAAAAAUCGAAGUGUGUUACGCCGCUGCAUCUGCAUUGGUUGAACGGUUCGCGUUAUAUAUUCCCGUUGUUGAAACGACGUUACAACCGAAGCUACAGCGACACUAACAGCGCAACAGAAGACGCUUGAAAACUGCAGAAGCAUACACAACAACACAACAAGAUUAAGUCACAUAUCUACUACGCCAACGAAAUUCAAAAGAAAAAGUAUAAGCUAAAUAGCUAACGGCUGAAGUAAAACUACUGAGCCUUGCUCACAUCCUUUCUUCAUUUUUCACCACAUACCUACAAAUAUAUAUCACACUUUCAUUUCGAUCGUGAAUCAAAUUAUUUUCAUUGAAUAAUUAGCAAAAUGACUGAGGAUACAGAAUACAAGAAAUUACCUGUAGAUGAACGUUGUGUGCACAAAUUGUGGAAGGCACGCGUGGAUGGUUACGAGGAAGCGGCGAAAAUUUUUCGUGAAAUUGACGAUGAGAAGUCACCGGAAUGGAUGAAAUUUUUGGGUCUCAUUAAGAAGAUGGUCGUCGAUUCAAAUGUGGUCGCACAGGAGAAAGGUCUUGAAGCGGCGUUAAUAUUCGUUGAGAAUUGCAGUCAAGCUGGUAAAACGGUGGGUGAUGUCAUGGCCGGCAUUGUGCAAAAAUGCAUUGCCGCACCGAAAGCGAAAACCAAAGAUUUGGCUGUGCAAGUGACGCUCAUGUAUAUUGAGAUUGAAAAACAUGAGGCCGUCAUUGAGGAACUCGUCAAGGGCAUGGAACAUAAAAAUCCAAAAAUUGUUGCCGCUUGUGUUGCGGCCACAACAUUGGCGCUGCGCGAUUUCGGCAACAAAGUAGUGAGCGUAAAGCCGCUAAUUAAGAAACUAGCACCGCUAAUGAGCGAUCGUGACAAAACUGUCCGCGACGAGGGCAAACAACUGGCCGUCGAAAUAUAUCGCUGGAUUGGCGCCGCAAUGAAACCACAAAUCACCACAUUGCCGCAGGUCACGCUUAAAGAACUCGAAGAUGAAUUCGACAAACUCAAGGGAGAAAAGGCUGAACCGUCAAGAUAUUUGAAGUCACAACAAGAGAAACAACAGCAAAUAUCUGCUGCUGCUGCCGAGCAGGAGGAAGCAGGAGAUGAUGAAGAUGGUGAGGGUGAAGAAUGCAUUGAUCCAAUGGACCUCAUCGAUCCUGUUGAUAUACUCUCGAAGAUGCCCAAAGAUUUCUACGAAAAGUUGGAGGAGAAGAAAUGGACUUUACGUAAGGAGUCAUUGGAAGCGCUCGAAAAACUUUUGACCGAGAAUCCCAAAUUGGAGAGUGGCGAGUACGGAGUGUUAGUGAACACACUCAAAAAGGUCAUCACCAAGGAUAGCAAUGUUGUCUUGGUGGCAAUGGCCGGCAAGAGCUUAGCGAUGUUAGCCAAUGGAUUGGGCAAACGUUUCGGAACCUAUGCUAUGGCCUGCGUUCCGUCACUUUUGGAAAAGUUCAAAGAGAAGAAAGCCAACGUUGUCGCCGCACUACGUGAGUCCAUGGAUGCGAUCUAUCCCUCCACGAAUCUGGAAGCGAUGCAGGAAUGCAUUGUAGAAUCGUUGGGAAAUAAAAAUCCCAGCGUUAAAUCUGAAACGGCUUUCUUCCUAGCACGUGCCUUUGCACGCACGCAACCAACCGCAAUCAACAAGAAACUACUAAAAUUGCUUGUUACCACACUGAUUAAGACACUAAAUGAACCUGAUCCUACAGUACGUGACGCCUCAGCCGAAGCACUGGGCACACUUCUUAAGCUGAUGGGUGAUAAGUCCGUUGGGCCCUUCUUAGUAGAGGUGGAUGCGCUGAAGAUGGCCAAAAUCAAAGAAUGUCAGGAGAAAGCUGAGAUUAAAGUGAAGGUGGUGGGCGUCAAAAAGGAGCGCCCCGCUACAGCGCCGGCAUCGAAAACUUCAGUUGCAGCGGCAUCGUCAGCUGGUAAUGUGGCUUCCGGGGCAUCUUCGCGUAGUGGCUCUACCGAACCGAAACCAGUGUCACGUCCCGCCACCGCAGGCAACAAAAAGCCAGUAGCUAAACGCGCUGCAGGAGGUGGCGGUGCAGGUGGUGGCGCACCUCUUGCCAAAUCCGCCAGUAGCGCUAAAGUGCUCACCACUGAGCGUGAAAUGUCACUAGAGGAAGUUCAAGCUAAGGCUGAGGAAUUGUUACCGGCCGAUGUGCUAGCCGGUUUGAUUGACUCAAACUGGAAGAACCGUUUGGCAGCGUGCGAGAAUGUAUUGCAAAUUAUUGGAGAUUUCGACGCUAAGCAAUCGGGCGUAUCACAGGUACUCGUGCGUACGAUUAGCGCACGCAAACCGGGCUUGAAGGAGAUGAACUUCCAAGUGCUAAAGCAUAAACUUGACAUUAUACGCAUUGUGGCCGAAACCUAUCCUCUAACAACAAUCACAAUCGAUUUGGUUGUUAAUGAAGUGACAGAGAAAUUGGCUGACAUUAAAAAUGGCUCCACCGCGGCUGAUGUGUUGACCGCCUUUGCUGAAGCUACCAAACUGGAGCAUAUAGUUGGACGUGUACUAACUUUCGCUUUCGAGCAGAAAUCGCCGAAAGUGCAGUCCGAAGCAUUGAAUUGGGUGAGCAAAGCCAUACUGGAGUUUGGUUUUCAAAUACAACCCAAACUGCUGCUGGAUGACGUACGUAAGGCGGUGCAAAGCACAAAUCCUACAGUGCGCAGUGCCGCUAUCGGUCUACUCGGCACGAUGUCCAUGUACAUGGGUAGCACGCUAAUGAUGUUCUUCGAAAGUGAGAAACCUGCAUUGAAGUCACAAAUACAAACCGAGAUGGACAAAAAUGCUGGUGAAAAGCCACCGAAACCGGUGCGGGGCGUUAAGAAGGCGGCUGCCAGCGCCAGCAGUGCCGCUGGCUCCGGUUAUGCGGACGAUGACGCAGGCGAAGAAGAUGAGCCCCAAGAGCAAAUGAAUUUGGCUGAUAUGUUACCACGCAUCGACAUUGCACCACAAAUCACGGAGACACUGCUGAAAGAGAUGUCCGACAAGGACUGGAAGACACGCAAUGAGGGUCUCAAUAAACUACAAACUAUUAUAAGCGAAGCCAGGUUGAUUAAACCAACAAUUGGUGAUUUAGCGCCAGCACUGGCGUUACGCCUUGUCGACUCGAAUGCAAAAAUCGCACAAACCGCCAUGUCCAUCUGUGAACAGCUCGCUAAUGCCAUGGGUCCGAGUUGUAAGAGUCAUGUGCGCACACUUUUCCCCGGUUUCUUACAUGCACUCGGCGAUAAUAAGGCCGCCGUACGCGCUGCCGCUUUGAAUUGCAUCAACAGUUUUGGCGAAAAAGGUGGCUACAAAGAAUUCUUCGAAAGUGAAAUGAUUGCCGAUGCGCUGAAAACCGGCUCACCGGCUCUUAAAUCCGAACUGUGGGGUUGGUUAGCCGAGCGUUUGCCACAAAUGCCUCCCAAAUCCAUACCGAAAGAGGAGUUAACCUCGAUGGUACCGCAUUUGUAUGCGCACAUCUGUGAUCGCAAUGUGGAUGUGCGCAAGAAUGCCAAUGAGGCGGUGUUGGGCAUAAUGAUACAUUUAGGUUUCGAGAAUAUGGUAAAAGCGUUGGAUAAACAGAAACCGGCAUCUAAAAAGGAUAUACAAGCAGCAUUAGACAAAGCACGUCCAAAUUUGCCGGUGAAACCGUUACCUAAGGGCAAACAGCAGGCACCGAUUGAAGAGCCAGCAAAGAAGACAGUACGCGGCGGUGGCGCGCAGAAAAAUGCUGCUACCAAGGGUGGCGCAGCAGGUGCGGGGGAUAAGGCUGGCGGUUCGUCGCGUAAGAAAGACGAAGACGUCGACACGUCACCACUAUUGGCGGUGAAUAAUUCUAAAAAUCAACGUUUGAUUGACGAGCAGAAAAUGCGGGUAUUGAAGUGGACAUUCACAACGCCACGAGAGGAAUUUAUUGAGCUGCUGCGCGAGCAAAUGACUACGGCCAAUGUUAACAAAGGACUAAUGGCCAACAUGUUUCACGACGACUUUAGGUACCAUUUGAAAGUUAUCGAGGCUUUGAACGAAGAUUUGCCCAACAACAGCAAAGCAUUAGUCUGUAAUCUGGAUUUAAUACUGAAAUGGCUGUCCUUGCGUUUUUACGAUACAAAUCCUUCAGUUUUGCUGAAGGGCCUCGAGUAUCUUAACCAAGUUUUCCAGACAUUGGUCGAUAUGGAGUACAUACUGGCAGAGAAUGAGGGCAGCGCAUUCAUACCACAUUUGCUCCUGAAGCUCGGCGAUCCCAAAGAUGCUGUACGCGUUGGUGUACGCUCCCUGCUACGCCAAAUCCUGCUCGUCUAUCCCUACACAAAAGUAUUUGCGUACGUUAUGGAUGGUCUCAAGUCUAAGAAUGCGCGUCAGCGUACCGAAUGCUUGGAUGAGCUCGGCUAUUUGAUUGAAAACUAUGGGCUAACCGUAUGCCAGCCAUCGCAACAGGUGGCAUUGAAAGAGAUAGCACGACACAUUUCCGAUCGUGAUAAUUCGGUGCGUAAUGCAGCAUUGAAUUCAGUUGUACAAGCAUAUUUCUUAGCUGGCGAAAAGGUAUACAAACUGAUUGGACAACUAAAUGAAAAAGAUCUGUCCAUGUUGGAUGAACGUAUAAAGCGCGCCAAAAAGACGCGCAAGCCCACAACAGUUGCAGCAGAUACGACGACAGCGGUGGGAGCCGGCGGUGCAGGUGGCGUCGGUGGUGGUGCUAAAUCGAGCGCACACGUGGUGCAACAGGAUAGCAUUGAAAUCGAGGAACCCACAACAAAUGGCGACUACGAUGAGCUACCGCCACCCGACGAGCAGCCAAUGCCGGCAGCAAGUGUGCAAUUGCAAACGAAUGCGUAUGAAGCAAAUGCCAGUACGGAUGAAAAAGACAAGCGCGCCUCUUCGCUCAUAAGACAAGCGACAUUCGAUCAACCGCCAUCAACCCAGUAUCUAUAUCAACAGCCCAAAACGAGUGGUCCUUUUGGUUUGGAUCCCGAUGUAAUAGCGGAAAUCGAAAAAGGUUGGGUGCGCGUCGAUCAAAUGCAGCUGGUGGUGCUGCCACCAGUCGAUGUGUCACUACUGCAUGAGCCCAUCAAAGUAAUACCGACACGUGACAAUGUAAAAUAUCCAGAGGAGAAAUUCCAGCAAUUAAUUUCGCGUUCGCAUUAUAUGCAACAGGGUGUCCUUAGUACACCGCCGCCAGCGUCAGCGAUUGCAGCCAGUGGCGGUUGUGCAUCGCCGUAUAUGAGCCCUCAGCAGCAUAUUCAUCACCAACAGCAACUGAAUGAAACUGGUUAUGGUGGCGGUGGCCUCGGUUGUGGCAGUAGUGGCAGUAUGCAUCCAUCGGCUAACCUUGUUGAUGUCCUCCCCAAGCAUGAUCCUCAACUAAUUAAAAUGAUCAAGUCAAUAAGCAGCGUGGAUACCCUUAAAGCACGCGCUGCCAUCAGUGAACUUGCCGAGAUUAUCGACUCACCAGAAAAGCAGGCUGUACUCCGCGAUUAUGAAGAAAUUUUCAUACAAAAUGUAUUGGCACAGUUCAAAAAUCUUUCGCAGGUGCCGAUCACCGAGUCUUUGGUUGUGUACCAACCGUUACUAUCCAUACUCUACUCGUUUUUCCACUCCAAAACGUUGGGUAAAACGCUGAGUGUUGCCUGCAUCAAGAAUUUAAUGUCAGCGCUGCUAAAUCUCAUGGCCGAUCAGAAGCUGAAUACCGGCGAUGAUGGUCAAUAUAAUAAAGUUAUCAACGGCAUUUGCUUGAAGGUGUUGGAUAAAGCGAAUUUCACGAAUUUAAACUGCGCAUUAAUCCGUCUGUUGCGCGAAACCUGCCCGGUAGCUGGCUUGCCGAAAUUCACCGAUCUGCUGAUGAAAUGUAUUUGGCGAAAUGUGAAAAUGUUACCCGAACGCACCAAUGAACUGAAUUAUGAUGCCGUUAUAUUGGAGGUGCACGAAUUUAUGUUGGCUUUGCCAAGCAGCUGGUGGCAAACUCGUCCAUCCGACACACCGUUGCGCACGGUCAAGACGAUCAUUCACAAUAUGGCCAAAGUGAAAGGCAAUGCCAUAUUGAAUCAUCUCAAUCAGAUACCUACCCACUCAGAGCUACAUACCUAUUUGAUAAAAAUAUUGAAGAAUUUGGCUAAGGAGGGUCACAUACCGAGCGCCUCACCACAACGUUCCGCCUCAGCUAAGGAUAUGCAUGGCAAACGCAUCUCGAAUCAAACGCAUGAGACAAUGUCACAGAUUUUCAAACUAAUCUCAGAUAAGGAAACAAAACAACAAGGACUACUAAAGCUCUACGAGUUUAAGGUACAAAAUUCCGAAAUUGACUUGACAACGUUCCUCAAAGGCGCCAGUCCCAGCUUUCAAAAGUACAUUGAAGAUGGUUUGGCCGACAUCGAACGCGCUGUUGCACAGUCUGGUGGUGCGGGUGACGGCUUACAGCGUGCACAAAAUGGGGAUAAUCGUGUAGCCUCAUCACGUUAUUCUUAUCUGACAGAUGCCAAUUUCCAGUACCAAACAACAACGGCUAGCGGUUUGGGCAACAGUAGUGGUGGCAGCGCGGCCGGUGCCAGAACCGCGGAUCCAGACUUUUGGAUGGAUCGCUUGAAUCACCUCAUCUCGAAGGCGAAUCUCGGUCGCAACGCAGACGGCAUGAGCGGCACGCACACAAUGCUCAUGGACAAUAAAGAGGCAGAUGAAAAUCUCAAUUUGAACUCUAUGAAUGCGCAGCAAAAGAUGUCUUCACUCAUACGAAGAGAUAAGCCGGAAUUAUCGCAGAAUCGCCUGCAGCACCUACAAGCCAAACUAGCGGCGUUCAAGAAGGAAAACCACGCAUAGAUUAACAUGACAUCAUGAAUGUGGAACUCAACUGCAGGUAUACGUGGGCUUUCAUAGCUUAGUGUGAUGGACGGAGGAACUAACUUAAUUUUGAUAGAGGUGAAAAUAUAUACUAAAUAAUAAUCGAACAACAACAAGCUUUGUAGUAUUGUAGCGCCGAAAAUAUACAACAACAACAAAAA